UGCUCUACUCCAAUCUGAUUGUUUUAUUAUUUAUGGUUUCGGAGUACGUUAUUUGAAAUUUGAAAGUCGUGCAUGUAUAAUUAUAAAGUGAUAGCCUCUGUCAGUGCAAAUUACUGCAAACUUAUCAACUAAUUACUGCAACGAUGGCCAAAGUCUAUUUUCAAAAAUUGACACACCAAGCACAAGAACUUGAUGCAGGUUUAAAAACGCUAAGCGAGAUAUGGAAAUUACACCGUAUUUUAAUUCGUGAUUGUGAAGCGGAUUCAGCCGAAGCUGAAAGAUGCAUUCGGAAACUAUGGACGGACGUGAAAAGUAUUAAAGCUGAUAUACAACAUGAUGUAGAUCAAGUGACAAAGAAUUCAUUGGACAUGGAUCAAUUUCUUAAUGAAACGCGUGAAUCCUUUCAAAAUGCUAAACAAGAAUGCGAUGAAAUCGAAUCGGUUUUUCAAGAAUAUGGUUAUGCUCAUUCAACCAGUAAUAGUGUUGAUAUGACAAACAAUUCUAGCAGUCUAGAUUCCAGUAUUAUGGCUGAGGAUGAAAUGGAAGACAUUGAUAUAAAGUUUACUCCUGACAUGAAGUGGCAUCACAGAUCAGGAACCUAUGAUACACCUAUUAGUGUUGAACAUAGUUCCGCUAAACCACCUGUAUACGGUAUUGCAAUACCAGUUAUUAAAAGUUUGGCAUCGGUAAAAGAAAAUGAGACCCCAAAUGUCCAAAGUGUUGAAAUACAACAUACUCCAUUCCACAGUCGUUUUCAAGAACCUAUCUACUCACCACAUUUUUAUAAUUUAGGGAAAAAGUGAAUAAUAAACUCAUUUAUUAUAUUUAAUGUUAUUUAUAUUCACUCUUAUACUUAUAUAAUGUACAGUAAUAUACUACUUUAACAAUGAAUAUUGAUUCCUAAACGUCA